AUGCGGUGGUUUGCUCUCUAUGUUGUUCUUUUGGAUGUAGCUAACUGGUUUAAAAUCCCUUGCUCAGCAUCUGAAUUCAGCUUGCAGGGGGACUAUUUGCUGGGUGGACUUUUCUCUUUAAAUAUAGCUUUAAAACCAGAACUCCAGUCACACCCAGUGACCCUUGAGUGUCGCAGGUAUCACUUUGAUGAAGAAUCUUAUCAGAUGUUCCAGGUGAUGAGGUUUGCAGUGGAGGAAAUCAACAACUCCACUACCCUCUUGCCUAACGUAUCACUCGGCUAUGAAAUCUUCAACCAUUGCUCCGACACACUGAAUUUUCCCUCCGUUUUCAGUUUCCUUUCUCAGAACGGAUCAUUUCCAAUACAGCGAAAUUUCAACAAGUACCAGCCUAAUGUAAUCACAGUUAUAGGUCCUUAUGACAGCACUACAACUAUCACUGUCGCACCAUUCUUCAUGAUGGACCUUAUUCCUAUGGUGAAUUAUGGAUCAUCCAGUUAUGACUUAAGCAAUAAAUUGUUGUACCCUUCUUUUUUAAGAACAGUUCCUAGCAACAAAGACCUGAUCGAUAUAAUUAUUCGCAUUAUUAAGUGGUUUCGAUGGAACUGGGUUGCCUUCAUUGGCAGCCAGGAUGACUACAGCCAAGACGGCCUGAGUUUAUUUUACCAGUAUAUUCGAGAAAAUGGCAUUUGCUUGGCCUAUCAAGGGAUGCUUAGCUUAGAGUCUGAUUAUUAUGCAACACUUAAGACAAUAGAAAAACUUAAAAUAAAUAUCAUUGUGGUUUUUUCUUCAGGUGUCAUAGUGGAGAACCUAGUUAGAGCAGCUAUAAAUCACAAUAUCAGGGACAAAGUUUGGAUUGCUAGUGAGGGUUGGUCUAUGAAUAAAAAGCUCUCUCAAGAACCUGGGAUCCAAAACAUUGGGAAAAUUUUUGGUAUUACAGAACAAUUCACUUCUUUACCUGGAUUUGACCAGUUCAUCAAUAAAACACGGAAAUACAGUGAUGAUGACGAAGAAUGUAGUGGCUGUGAAGGCCAGUCUUCUCAGGAAAAGACAUGUAAUCAAGUCUGUGAUAACUGCACAAAGUUGAGUUCGGAGGAAAUUUUGAAUGAAAGUCCAACAUUCUCUUUUCCUGUUUAUGCUGCCAUCUAUAGCGUGGCACAUGCUUUACACAACGUUUUACGCUGUGAUUCAAAUUGCUGCAACAAGAACGUCGCAGUUUACCCCUUCAUGCUUCUGAAGGAAGUUAAGAAGUUGAACUUUUCUCUUAAUGGCCAUCAAAUAAAGUAUGACAUCAAUGGGGAUCCACCUGUCAGUUAUGCAGUGGUUCUCUGGCACCCCAACACCGGUUCUCAAGUCUUCGAGGUGGUUGGUACAUAUGCUACAUAUCCAGAAAUCGCUUUCACCAUCAACAGCUCCCUCAUACUCUGGAAUAAUGAUGGCUCUGUACCCUUUGGAAACUGUUCUGUUGAGUGCAAGGAGGGAUUUCAAAGAGAGAAAGAUCGCAAUCAUGAAUGCUGUUUUCGUUGUAAGAUCUGCCCGAGUAACACCUAUAUAAACUACACUCGAGACCCCUACACUUGUGUCCCAUGCAGUACAGAUGAGUGGUCAGAAGAGGGAAGCAUAGCCUGUCAGAGGCGUGAGAUCAUGUAUCUUUCCUUCACAGACCCUCUGUCUGUAUUGCUCUUAGUAUCUGCUGCCUGUCUGGUGCUACUUUGUAGUGCAAUUACAAUUCUGUUCUCAUACAAUUACAACACGCCAGUAGUGAAGUCUGCUGGUGGCAGUAUGUGCUUCCUCAUGUUAGUGUCUUUGAUCAUGUCCAGCAUAGGCCUGUUCUUUUUCUUCGGGCAACCAAUGGUGAUACAGUGCGUCUUCCGAAAUGUGAUGUUUUGUUUUUUUUACUCUGUGUGCCUUUCCUGUCUGGCUGUACGCUCUUUUCAAAUUUUCUGUGUCUUCAAAAUGGCCACAAAAUUCCCUGAAGCUUACAAAUGCUGGGUGAAGCAUAACGGCCAGUGGUUGGUCAUCACCAUCGUCUCUGUUUUUCAGUUCAUCUUAUGUGUUUUGUGGGGGACCUUCAGAACUCCUGCUCCUACAAGGGACGAAUCGUCUUAUGCAGAUCAGAUCAUCCUGGGCUGUUCACGGGGGAACUUAGGGGUGUUACUAGCAGUCGUGUUUCUCGUUGCACUUCUAAGCUUUCUCUGCUUCUUCUUCUCCUACAUGUGUGCUGACCUACCCAAAAACUACAACGAGGCCAAGUCCAUAACUUUCAGCAUACUUUUCUUCUAUAUCAGCUGGUGCCUUUACUUCACAGCAAAUAUGAUAUCUCAGGCCGUGUACAUCCAGCUGCUUUAUGCACUGGCACAGCUGUCCAGUUUGUAUGCCAUCCUGCUAAGCUACUUCAUCCCGAAGUCUUACAUCAUUGUUUUUCAGCCAAAAAAGAACACUCAAGCUUACUUUCAGACAUCUAUCCAGAAUUACACCCAAAACAUCAGCAGGACGUAAAUGGCCACUCAGGGCUGAAUGCUCAAAUAACACUC